AUGAGGGAAAUGUCUGUCCAUCCGAGUCAAGUGUCCAGGGUUCAGUCCAGAACAUUGGCAAUGGAGCGCAGUACACGCAAUAGACAACGUAUGAAUCGUGCUCGAGGCCAUGUACCACACGGAGAUUUAAUUGCCUUAGGAAAUACUACUUCAGAUCGUAAAAGAGAAGGUGAUUUUGUUAGCGCUUCCAGAGCACUUAGUCCCAAACGAACCAAAGUUGAUGGCAGCCAUGUUAAAGAUCAAACUAUAAGUCGAGAAGAAAUUCCACUUCCUCCUAUCGAUGUGGAGCCAGCCCAACUGAUAAAGACGAUAAUGCAAGCUGAUCUUGUUGAAGAUCGCCUUAAGAUUAGUGCAAUAAUUCGUGGUGUAUUAGCUAAAUUAAGCGCUAAUAGGGUUAAACCCAAUCCUGCCUAUUAUAUGUCGCUUCUAUAUCUCGCCAAAGAUAAGCCAUUCCAUUUUACCUCAUCAUCGGUAUUAGAUGCACUUAUUGGGAUUAUCAGUCGUGACGUUCAAAUCAAUAUUAAAGCAAAAGGCAAUGUUAUUGUACCAGUCAUGGCUUGUAAUAUCUUAAUGUAUACUCAUGCCAACGAUGAUUGCUGGCCUGAAAGAUUUGUUCAGGUCUAUAUUCAAGACGCUCUUGGUGAACGAUUAUGGGUUGAUAAUGAAAUGUGUAAAGACUUUGUACAGAAUAUCUUGACAGUUUUCGAUACAUUAUUGCCCACAAUUGACGGUUCUUCCAGUAAUGUUCAGACUACAUCACAAUCGAUGUCUACUACUGAUAAUGGAGUUGAGAAAAAUACCGAUGAUAAGAGUGAUACAACUACUGCUGCUGAUAGUUCAUCUGAUGCUAUCGAUUCUAGUGUACGGCCCAGAUAUGAAGAACCUUCGGUCAAGGAGAGUGUUAAGAACUAUGCUUUACAAUCUGUUGAUAAAAUACUUAGUCAACGUCAAUCUACCGAUAGUGUGCCUAGACAGUUGCUUAAAUUUCUGGCAAAUAUUUGUUGUUAUCCCCGCGUUCGGCUACUAGCCGCUCAAAAGAUUGAUUUAUGGUUGCAAAAUCCUAAGCUUACUCGACAUGCUCAACACCUUUUAAUGACGUUGGCAAUCAAUUGCCACAGUGACGCUGAGCACAACGAAGAAUGUAUCGCUCAUUUAAUCAAAAUGAAAUUAAAAACCAAGCCAUUUACAAAUCAUCAAGUUGCAUGUAUUAAGGAAUUAAUUGGAAAACAUCCUGGAAAUGUUGGUAUCGUUUUAAAGCAUGCCGUUUGCAACGAGCUGUCAUCUACUCCAGGAACAUUUAAUACCAGUAAUGUAUUAAUUUUGUCAGCUGUCUUCAACACCAGUACUGUUGAUGUCGCAAAGUAUUUGGCAAUUGUUUUUAUUGAUCUUAUUAUUAAUAAAGAAGAUUUACUAAAUCCUAUUAAGACAUUAUUACGUGAAUUAUUACGUGUUACAAAAUCAAAUUUCGAUUACUAUCAAUUUUCCUCGCAGCUGAUGGAUUACUGUCAGACCAAUGGUAAACAAAUUAAGAAACAUCGAAGUCGAAGACAAGAGGAAAUAAUUUACGCAAUAAUCGAUUUGUUAACAUAUACCAUGAUGCUUAGUGUAUUUCCACUCCCGCGAGAUAUGAAUAAUAAGAUCGUCGCUAGACUGCAGAUCCAACAGCAUAUAGCUUCAAUCCAGAGAUAUUCACUAUGGUGGUUACAUAUCGUUGUACCAAAAGCAUUUGAUGUUGAUAGCGCUACUUAUCUGAAACAUUGCAUUUACAAAAUUUUAUUUCGUAAUCCAAUCGAGACUUAUGUCACCGCUGAUAAUUGGCCAUCUGAGCUAGAAAGAAAUCAAGUUAUGGAGCUAUGUACCAAUGUUCCAGUCGAAGGUGAAUCCAUUGGAUUUCUUUUAGUUAUGUCUGGUAAUGAUUCUAUCGCUUUACCACCCUAUGAAGCUUUUGAUUUAAUAAAAAGCCUAUUAACGAAGGCUGCUCAAUUAGAUGCUAGCAAUGCUUUGCCAUUAAAAUUUGAGGUGGAUCAUAAUCAAUUGAUUGGUACUAUCUUUAAUUUAUCAAUUUAUCAUCAUACAGCCACUGAGACAUCACUCAAUUUACAUUCUCAAAAUGUUAAAUUUGCAUACAGCGAUCUUUACUGGAAAGGCUGUUUACUAAUAGUAAUUAUAGCUGUUUACAAUCCAGACACAGUUGGCUUUACUGCAUGGGAGAAAUAUCCUACCUUGAAAUGCUUGAUGGAAAUGGUAAUGACUAAUAAUUACUCAUUCCCGCCAUUGACUAGUCACUCCGAAUCAUCUGAUAGUGUUAAAGUUUCACAAAUCCAAUUGGCCCAAGCUGAAAAAGAAGAUAUAUUAGCUUAUGAAAAUAUGACUUCUUCCAGCUCAAGUAGGGGAAAUAUAGUUGAAAAGAAUAGCUGCUUACUACCACAAUUGAUGCGUUUCAGCCCUCAAGGUAUUAUGAGAUGUCCUCCGGAUUAUGUAGUCCACGAUCUACAAAAGAUUAAUUCCGACUUAAGUUUAGGUCGAUUACUAUGCAGUAGUCGAUCACCAGAUUUUCUACUGGAUGUUAUUCAACGUCAAGGUAGCGCUGAAUCAAUGCCUUGGUUAGCGCAAUUGGUUAGUUCUAAUUUUGGCUCAGUGGAAGGACUACCGGUUCAAUGUCUUUGCGAAUUUCUGCUGCAUUACGAUCUUAGCAGUGAUGGACAAGAAUUAGAGUUUAUAGAUAAGAAAGAGCAUCUUGCAAAGAAAUUACAUGGCAUGGUAUUUGAUACCAACUCUGGUGGUACAGAAGUAGGCGAAAUUUUCGGCAGUUUAUUUCGUCGAAUAGCUUCAAGUCAACGAAGUACACGCCUUGCUGCGAAUAAGGCACUGGCAAUGAUCAUAGCUGACUCUGAACACAGCGAUGUUAUUCUGAUGAAUUCAAUGAGUUCAACCUUGCUGACAUUAAGUUCACUUGAUUCACCUCUUAUGAAAUCAUAUGAAUGGUUAUUGGUACAGCUAUCGUCGAUUCCUCACUUUAGUAGUGUGCGAGAACUAGUGUGCACGUAUCUUAAACAAGCGCUCAUGGUAGAGACAGAUAUCGAUGCUCUUGGUGCUUAUAUUAUUUUCUUGUCCAUGCAUGGACCAACACAUGAAUAUCGACAUCGAAUUUCAUUAAUUAUUGACAUGUGCAAAAUGAUGAUUCAACGAUACAAUAUCUUAAAUAAACUGAUAUACCGCGGAAGUAACGACAGGAGUCACGAAAGUAACAUUGUAUUGUCUUCAUUACUAAAUAUUUUCUCGAAAGGGUUAAGGAUUAUGAUUUCGGAUGAUACUGGAUAUUCUUGGGAGGAGGGAGAUGUAAUCGGUCAAUUGGUGAAAGUUACCUUUACUACCCUUAAUGUUACCAUUUCGUUGCCAGUCAUUAUCUUACAAGCUAUUGUACUAUUAUUAACAUAUGGACCACCAUCAUUGGACAACGAUAACUUUAAGUUUCUACUGGACCUGUGGUUUCCUGAAGAUCAAGAGUUACCAAUAGUCAUACGGCUUGAUAAUAAUGAACAAAUUGUUUGGAUUGAUGCAUGGCUAAAAUUACGCAUGAUAACGUCUCAGAUACCAAGAUUAGUUGAUAAAGUACUUGAAUAUAGUACACCGGUGAACGUUAUGAUGUACGUACAAUCAUUUGGAAUCCCUGUUAGAAAUAUGAGUAAAAUUUUAGAGUUUCUAGACGAUAGUGUUACUGAUGAUUGUCGCUUCUUAGAUCAGAUAAUUUCUAAAGCAAGGAUAGUAGAUUUAAUCGAUGCUCACACUGCUCGCGGAGUUUCCGGAGGUGCUACCCUCCGAAAAUAUAUGACUAAGGAAGUGACCGUUGAUGACACGUCAAGUGCAACUUCUUCCGCACCAGCGUCUCCCGUAAGCGUUUCAUCUUCUGGCAAUAACCUGGAGAUAGAUUGCAGGUAUAGCAAUAAUGAAGACUUAACUACAGCUGUUAGAGAAUUAUUUGAAGCUGACUCUACCGAUGUAACUGACAGUGACGAUAACAAAGACGAAGAAGAUCAAAGAUAUGAGCAGCUGCGUAAAUUGCAGCAGAUAAUGGAUUCUCAAGAAUGUGAGAAAUUUGUUCAAAUUUACACUAAGCGAUUGUUUAACCUUUGGUCUAUAAUCAAACCGACCAUUCUUUAUAAAAAUGCCUUCGAAUCCGAUAUCACUAAUAAAGUGUUAGAAAAUCUAUUAGACCGUAUUCAGCAUACUACUGGUUCAAAUAUUAUUUGGUAUCACAUUCAAAAACGUUUACAGAGGAGCAAUCAAUUAGGAAUAUAUUCCAAUUCUUCAUCAGAGAGUCAAAGCGGAUUAUUAUUCAGUCAAUGCGCAAUUAAUUCUGUAAGCGACGAAGCUGAGAUAGACGGGCCAUCCUUUGAUGAUCUUACUUCUGCCCUCCAUAAAAUUCUUCUUAACGAAUUUACCGAUCAAAAAUCAUCAUCGUGUGGCGAAGUGGACAUAUAUAAUCUAUUUUCUAGUUGUGAUAAAAUGUCCGGCAUUGGAUUAGCAAUUGACUGGUUCCAAAUUGUAAAUCCAGAAGUCGUUGGUACUGAUGCUGUCAGCAAACAGGUUGUUUUCAAUCGCGUAUGUAUUGGAAGAAGAAAUUGGCAGCUAUCUCUGUUGUCUUCAGCUAUUCAUCGAAGUCGCUGGAGUACUUUACAAAACUGUAUUAAGUGGUUGCUUUCUAAUGAUGCAGAUAAUGUAGACAGUUCCUCCGCUUUAGAUUUUAUGGAAACUUGUGUUUCAUCUCCACGUCUCUGGCAAGGAUGCAGCGAAACUGCCGUGAUAAUUCGAGGAAAAAUCGAUGGACAGGCUAUGAUAGUCAAUCUUCGGCCAAAUCAGCUAUUAAAUCUAGCAGUUUAUGUUCUAGCUGAAGCUGAAAGUAUGUUUGAAAAGUGUUCAAAUGAAACAUUUGACCAAAAAUUAAGGGCUAGAACGUCCCUACUAGUAGUUUGUUGUAACAAUGAUCCAAGUAUUUUGAGCACGUUGACAAGUAAUCUCUGUAAGAAGAAAAGGGGUUCACCAAUGAUAACUUACUUACUUGGUAAAUUAUAUCUAGCCGCUCCGGAGAUUGUCCAUGAAAUCUCUUCCGAUUCACAAUUGCAUAAUUACGUAUUAAAUGAUAACUUACCGGGCAAGCUUGAUAUAACAUGCCACUAUUUAAUGGCUUCCAUGGCGAGCACAUAUGCAGGCAAAGCUUGUUUAUCGCGACUUGAAAAUAUCAACUUAUUAUAUAGAUCAUUAGCUAUUAAGCAUCCUACAGUUCUGAUUCGACAAUUGCCAGUAGUUUAUGGUCUGCUUCAAGGAAGAAUUCAAUUAAAUUUUGAAGAAUUUUAUAAUCGUAAUCAUCAUCAUUUUUUCAUGAAUGUAUUAAAUGCAUUAGAUUUGCUUCGACCGUUAAUUUUUGAAACACCGCGAGGUAGAGUGCCACUUAAGAAAAUCUUGGAAACUUAUUUUAAGAUGAUCCAGGCUUAUUAUGUGUACGAUAAUUACAUGACCGAUCUAAUAAGCAAAUUUGUGGAAUUUCUUCACGCGUAUUUCAUAUAUGAUGGAAAUGCUGCUGUCAACUUGCUUCAGAGCAACUGUCAAAUUUUAAAGUCUAUUUCUGAGAGAUAUCCGGAUUUAUCAUUAUUAAAAUCUCUCCUAAUUGAAGUCAAUAUCGACUGUAGUUAUCCAAAUCACGAAAGUCCCGGAAUAACUUCAAGUAGAUCUAUAGAAGAUGAGCGAAACCAGAAUGAUAAUACUAUAAGCACAAAUAUGGGUUCUAAGAAUCAAGAAUUGGGAGCAUUAACACUUGCGAGUAAACAGUGGAAUUCAUCCAUGUUAUCGUUAUUCAUUAAUCGUUUGUCUUCAUACAAAAAUAUCGCAGACUUGCUAGCAUCAUUACACGACCUGUUUGAAGUAUCAAGGAAAAGACCUAACAUUUUAGAGCACUUUCAGAUUCAUUUGACAAGAAUUAUGUUCAAUUUGGACGCAGCUUGUCGAGGAUUAGCGCAUACCUUGGUUUUGAGAUAUAUUAGAGCGAAUCCUAGGAUGGCGCCAAACUUUAACGUAGUGCUGAUGGAAUGUUUAGAUAGUGAACGAUCUGAUGUUGUUGAAACUGCUUUAUAUUUCGUACCAGAAUACGUUUCAUUGAGUAGCGUGCAUACUGGACAUGGUUACCAUUUAUUGCAGCACCGACAGACAUAA